UUAUCAGGGUCCUCAAGCCAUACAUGGCAACCUUCCAUGACUUCAGAUACUACUGUUCUAAGUUAUUGGUUGAAUUGGAGGUUCUUCUUCUGUGCACUAUGGAUUUUAUCCUCCAUGGCUCUAGCAUUUUUUUUAAUAUUAAAGUAUGAGGGAUUCAAUAGAUCAAGAUCUGAGAGAGGAGAAAAUCAAGGAGAAGAUGCUGGAUUGGUGUAUGAGGAUGAAGCAUGGAAUACAUGUCUUAUUGGAAUUGAUCCUUCUUGGCUGCUAAUUUAUAGAAUCAUUUGUUUUAUCGUGCUUUUGGCUUUGAUCAUUGCAAGUGUGGCUGCUGAUGGAGGCGGCAUAUUUUACUACUACACUCAAUGGACCUUUACUUUGGUCACUAUUUACUUUGGGUUUGGAUCAUAUUUCUCCUUACAUGGAUGUUCCUUAAAACAAAAAAAAAUAGGGAGCAGCACAGUGAAUGGUAAUUCGGUAGAUGCAGAACUGGGCGCUUAUACAAGGAAAACUGCUGGUUUAUGGGGUUACAUUUUUCAAAUAAUUUUUCAGACUUGUGCAGGUGCUGUAGUGCUCACUGACUCUGUAUUCUGGUUCAUAAUUUAUCCGUUGCUGACAUCCAAAGAUUACAGUCUCGAUUUUUUGAUUUUUUGUAUGCACUCCAUCAAUGUUCUUUUCCUCCUUGGUGACACAUCAUUGAAUUGCAUGAGAUUUCCAAUGUUUCGAUUUGCAUAUUUUGUCUUGUGGACGGCUAUAUUUGUGAUUUUUCAGUGGAUCAUCCAUGCUUGCGUUUCAAUUUGGUGGCCUUAUCCUUUCCUUGACUUGUCAUCCCCUUAUGCACCUUUAUGGUAUUUAGCUGUGGCUUUGAUGCAUUUUCCAUGCUACGGCAUCUUUGCUUUAAUAGUGAGGAUGAAGCACUCGUGGUUGUCAAGAUCUUUUCCAGGGUCUUCCCUGUUUGAGCGGUGAAAACAUAUUCCACAACAUACAACUUUGAAUGAAGA